AUGAUCCUGUCGAAUUUACGCCGAAUCAGACGAUGGCUACUUGGCACCCUCAGUCUAGCAUGGCAAGAAGAGAAGUACGAUCUGAUCAGCCACGGAAAAGGGAAUAUAGCGGACUAUCACUCCCGCCGUAGGCAAAGAGCAUGCAGACUUGCUCUCGCAGCAAUAUCAAUCACAGCCAUCAUUUUGUUUUUUACUCUGCCGAUUCUAGCCACGCCGAAUGAAGCACUUUGUCCUCAUCCAGUCUUACGACUCACAAGGAAUGCCCAAAAAUCAUUUGAAUCGACUCUGAACCGACAAUCAAAAUCAUUCAAUGCGGCCGUUGCGGAAUACAAGCGUCGAUACAAUAUGCCACCACCACCUCAUUUCGAUUUAUGGUACAAAUUUGCCACGGAUCGAGGAACGGUCCUGAUAGAUGAAUUCGACAUAAUCAAUCGCGCCCUAUUACCAUUUUGGGGCGUUUCUCCAAGUGUGAUCCGCGAAAGGACAAGACAGGACCUUGGAUAUAAGGAUAACAUGUUGAUGGGUUGGUCCAUACGAGCCGGCAAGCCCAUUUACACCGUCUUUGGUGAACGAUACCAGCGAGAUGGAAUGAAGACGAUCAUUGAUCAGUUUGCGCAAUGGUUACCUGAUAUGGAUUUGGCAUUUAAUGUGCAUGAUGAGCCACGUGUUGUUGUUCCUCAUGAAGAACUGAGUCGGAUGAUCUCUGUUGGUCGAGAAGCUCAGGAUCGACUGGCUCGCAUGACCUCGCCAAGAGGCAUCUUUUCGAAGCGGAAAUAUGUAUCCGAAUGGGUGACACCAAUUUCGACGACUCGAUACAAUGACCUGACGCUGCAAGAGAACUGGGGUCAUUCGACCAUGUCCUGUCCCGCAGAUACUCCCGCGAGAGACAUUGACGGGACCGCUCAGGAUGACACAGCUUCGUAUGAAAUUGAGCCUCUGGGCUUUCUAUACAACCUCACCGCGUUCAGCGAUGUAUGUAAGAAUCCCUCGCUGCGAAAUCGUCUCGGCCUCUUCAAGAGACCGCAUAUUUUGAAGCUUUCGAAUGAGAUUACUCCUGUAUUCUCUGCGUCAGCGCCCUCAUCUUUCCAAGAUAUUCCAAUGCCAUCAAUGUGGUACUAUAAGGAUAAAAUGUCCUAUGAAGAGGAUGUUGACCCCGAAUGGAAAGACAAGAGAGCCCAGCUAUACUGGAGAGGAGGCAAUAGUGGUGCUCACUCAGAUGAAGACUCCUGGCGCAGUCUGUUGCGACAGCAGGUUGUUGGGAAUUUGACGCAUCCCAUUGCACCGCAAUAUACCUUCAAACGUGACUCAAACUCAGCGACGUCAUCGUGUCGUGACUUUGGAAGCAACGCUGGAGAUCUUGAGCAGAUCCACCCAGAAAGUUUUCGGGAACAGCUCAACAUUAAGUUUACGGAAAUCGAUUACUGCGAAGAUGACUGCAAAUCCCAAUUGGAAUUCUUUGGGGAGCCAGGUACUUUUGAAUGGCCGAAAGAAGCAUGGCGGCAUCGCUACUUGUUGGACAUGGACGGUUGGGCCUAUAGUGGAAGAUUCUAUGCUUUCUUACGGAGCAAGAGUUUACCUAUGAAAUUAUCAGUCUUUCGUGAAUGGCAUCAAGAGAUUUUGGUCCCAUGGGUCCAUUUCGUGCCCCUUAACAAAGAUGUGCGCGAGGUUCCAGAACUAAUCCGAUACUUUGAAUAUGAUCCCCAUGGCCAGGUGAUUGCACAAAAUAUAGCUGCAAAUGGGAGAUCCUGGGCGAAAAAGGCUCUCAGGAAGGAAGACAUGGAAGUCUACAUGUUUCGCCUGCUCUUGGAAUUCGCACGUGUACAAGACGACGCUCGAGAGAUGCUGGCAUACAAAGAAUGA